UGCCUCACCAACCCCGCGCCCGCCCUGGCCCUGAACCUGUUCCGCGCCUACACUGGCGCCAGGAUCAUGCACACCAUCGUGUACGCCGUGGUGCCGCUGCCCCAGCCCUCCAGGGCCAUCGCCUGGGCGGUGGGCUACGGCAUCACCAUCUACAUGGCCGUCACUACCGUCAUGCACUUUGCCUAAGUCAUUAACAAUUUCCGUAUAUUUUUCUCUCUUUAUUUUUUUUACCUGACUGUGUAAAUGUGCGAAUGUUGUGUGUAUGAAUGUGUGUGUAGGAGUGUGUGUUGCCUACUAAACGAAUAAUUUGUGAUAAAAAUUAUGUGAUUCAGGUUCUAAGGAAUUCAAAUGUUGGCUGAGAGAGGGUGUUUUUUUUUGGUUUUUUUGUUUUUUUUUUAAAUAUACACACAAAAACCUGG